CAAAAUAAUAGCAAUUAUGUCAAAUUCAUUAUAUAUUGCUACUAUUUAAUAUUCUCUUCUGUUGUGCUUUUAUUUCCCUGAUGUCAUUUCGCUUUAUAUCUACUGCAGAGGGAACUUUAAACCUCAAAUCUUGCAGCAACUCUAGCUAAUGAGCACAUACUUACCAAGCAAUUUUUUAAGAACCAAGCUUAAGAACUCUAGCGGUGUAUCCAUGGCAAUUCUGUACCAUUCUUUGCAACGUCAGCCCGUGGUUUUAUGUGUUCAAACAGCAAAGAGAUGGAAAUAUCUCUGUCAAAAGGUGGGAAACCUACUGGAGAGCUUGAACAGAGUCGCACGAAAAUCACCAUUGCAUCAUUCUUGGCCAUCAUUAUGCUCCAUUGAUAUUGAUAAGGAACUUCAGGGAGAAACAACAAGAGGGUGUCUCUGCACCAGAGUUUUUUUUUUGGAGGAAGAGCGGAGAACUGCAGUAACAGAGAAUCGACUAGAAGAAUAGUAACAACAGCUACAGAAAAUUAUGUACCCAGGAGGUGGGAAAGCUCCUGGAGAGCUGGAAUAGAGUCGCACGAAAAUCAUGAUAUUGAGGUGAAUGAGUAUUCAAAGGGAGUGUUCUUAGGCUGCAAUUUGAA